AUGGAUCUUCGAAGGCAGGUCGGCAGACUUGCGGGUCAGCUCUCCGAAGCCCGGCAACACGCAGCCAAGCGCCUGGCUGAUGCCAUACAGGAAGAGGUCGCCGGGCUGGCCUUGGGACAUGCCCAAGUGCUUGUGGAUAUCCGUCAAUCAGACUCGGAGGACGGUGUGCCGGUUGGGACCGCGGAUCCGGUCCCGUACGCAACACCUUCUUUAGGUGGGGAGUCUAUCAGCACCUCGCGUUCAACGGGACAGGGUAUAGACUCCGUGGAAUUCUUGAUCUCACUGAACCCGGGCGAACCGCCACGCCCCCUAGCCAGGAUCGCCUCGGGGGGAGAAACCUCCAGGCUGAUGCUCGCCAUAAAGACCAUCCUAUCCACGGCUGACCAGAUCCCAAUACUCGUGUUCGACGAAAUCGAUGCGGGUAUAGGAGGUCGAGUCGGGAGUGUCCUGGGUCAGAAACUAUGGGGUCUGUCCAAGAGCCACCAGGUGCUAUGCGUAACUCACCUCCCGCAAAUAGCGUGCUACGCAGACCACCACGCCAAGGUCACAAAACUUGCCUCACAUGACAGGGCGGUGACAUCGGUGGAGGUUCUGGACGGCGAAGCCAGGGUGGCGGAACUUAGUCAGAUGCUGGGCUCCGAUAGCGGGGCAACCCGCACCAACGCCCUAGAGAUGCUACAACAGGCCAAUAGCUGGAAGGAAAGCAAAAGUGUAAAGGGUGUCGACGUUCAUCAAAAAGGUUCUGGCUAA